AUGUAUCUCAUGCCUGCUCGACUACCUGCAGUCUUCAACGUUGGCGAUAGGAUUGAUGUGGUGGCGCAACCGAUAGCCAUUGUCAAAGACCUCUCAAGCUACAAAAAACUUCUUGGCGAUGAUGUCAAGCAAGUCUCUACAAAUAUCACCAUUUCAACGAAUUCCACGACCGCUAGUCCGCUACAAACUACAACAAAUGGCACCAACACCAAGCCCACUGACCUUUUCCACAUCGAUGAGUCGUUCCAGGCCAUGGCAAACAGUGCUGUUGCUGAUCUUGGGACGAACGCGACGGCCGCUGCUGAGAAGAUGAUCAAAUUGGGAGAAGUAUUGCUGGAACAGGAAAAGAACAGAACGAAGAGGAAGACUAGCCGAGGGAGUCGAACUCACUCCAGCUUUUCGGGCCACACCUCCGGAGGCUCCCACACGUCCGGGUCUUCCGGAUCGCACUCCAGCUGGCACGGGUUUGGUUCCGGCUCUUCCGGGUAUCAUCCCCAGACUUCCAACCCGACGCAUGGACAUUUCGGUAGCAGCGGUAGCAGCUGGCACUCUUCCGGAUCGUCCGGCUCCUCUUGGUCUUCCGGAUAUCACCCUCAGACCUCAAACCCAUCAAGCGGCCACUUUGGAGGCUGGUCUCAUCCUUCAAGCCCGAGUUUGCCGUCCGGACCGAUAUAUUUCCAUGGCUCUAACGAUCGAGGUCACUCAGCUGCACGAUGGGCUUCUGGGCAUGGCGCUACCAUCGGUGGUGCUGGCGCAGGCUUUGCUGGAGGCUAUACAGCGGGCUAUCUGGCGGAUUCGUAUGUGCCUAGCUACAGCUAUCGCUACAACGGAAAUACCUACUACUCGUCGAGCUGCUACGACUGUGGUUACCACAGCUGCUACUCGUGCCAUUCCUAUGGAUAUCGUUCGCGAUAUAGGUCGUCUCCUACCCGAGUUCAGCAGCAGGCUAAUGUCCCGCAGAGUAACCGAAUCGAUAUCUCGCUCCUUAAGCCCGAUGGAACUUUUGGGUUUACGAUCUCGAUUCGCUACUCUGAAAAUCGAUUCGUAAUGAAUAGCUUCCAAGACGGUAUCUGGGAAAAGGAGAUCAGCCGCGAUAUACCUUUCCCCAACUGGAAAAUAUGCGAUUUGACGAUCCAGAACUACCAAGAGGGUCUCGGUAUUUACAUUAAUGGAAAGAAGAUCGCGUUUUUUGAUCAUCGAGACGCUACCAGGGAUUUGGACAAGAUUUUGAUCGAUCGGGACGUUGAGGUCUUCGGCAUCUACCGUAACGGCGAACUCGUUACGGUA